UCUAUAUGCAAACUUUUCUAUGACUUGAAUCAACCUAAAGUUGAAUUCAUCUUUUUGUUGUAGAUCUGAGGUUGUAAUAAUAAUUUAAUAUAGGAGAAUUCUGGGCCCUCUUGUGUUUGAAUUUAUCACUUUCUAUUGGAUUUGGUUUGUAGUUGUACACACUUAUUCCCCUCUUUUUCCCACUCUCUUGCAUCUCUUGAAAUUGAUGCAAAAAUUGAAGUCUCUCAUCAUUUCGGGAUGAAAUUAAGAAUCAUAAAAAUCAAAUCUUUGUUUCAAGUGAUAUAAAGGGAAAGAAGAAGAGAGGAUUGUCUACUUUGAUAUAGCAGCAGUUACUUAUCAGAUAAUCAUGUUUGCAAAGGUGGGAAACUGCAUUUGGUAUGAUAAGCAUAUUGUCUGAGUGGAGGGGGGUCUUUGUUAGGGCGAAAUUCGAGAAAACGGAAUGUCAUGUUUAGGAAUUGAAAGAAACUGUGUGGGUUGGGGAAAUCGGAUCUCUUAGUAGGGAUUUGUGAUGGCCUCAAUCAGAAGAACAUUGUCUCCCGUUCCUCGACCGGGAGGUUUAGCUAAUGGUGAGGCUUGUCAAGUGGCGUCGCCUCUGUCCAAGUCGUCUUCCAACAGUCAGAGCUACCCUCCACAAGGGGGUUUGUUGUCUUCCUCGUUGGGAUCCUUGGACUAUGCGUUGUACAAAGUACAGAGCUUCGUUCUUGGACUUUUCUCACAACGAGCUUCUAGGGAUGUUGAUAGGUCGAGGAUGAAGGGGCAGAGUUGGCGGAGGGCGUAUUUACAUUUCUUGUUGUGCUUUGUUGUUGGUAUCGUUGCUGGGCUCACACCAUUUGUACCGGUGAGUAUGUCCGCGAAUUCCUUGCCUAAGCAAGAAGCUUUUGAUUCAGAUGAGUUGCUUGGGUUGAAAAAUGAGAUUUCGGUAGUAGGCAAAGUUUCUUUGCCAAAGAACUCUACAUUGGAUAUAGAGAAGGCGAGUGUUAAAGUGAAAAAUCCUCCUCCUGACUAUUCACUUUUAAAUAAGUCGUUGGAUCUGUCUCGUGAUGGGGUGUUUGAUAAGCUUCUGAUCAUCAUCACUCCUACACAUGCUAGGCCGCUUCAGGCCUACUUUCUGGAUCGCUUGGCACAAAGGUUGAGACUGAUCCGACAACCUCUUCUUUGGAUAGUUGUUGAGAUGAAUUCUCAAUCCAUGGAGACAGCUGAAUUGCUGAGGAACUCCGGAGUCAUGUACAGACAUCUCGUAUGCAGUAUCAAGAACGCAACCGAGAUAACAGAUAGAAGUGCACCCCUUAGGAAUGUGGCCCUCUCACACAUAGAGACACACCGUCUUGAUGGGAUUGCUUACUUUGCAGACGAAGAUAACAUAUACUCGACUGCCCUCUUCGACCAUAUGAGAAACAUUAGUCGGAUUGGGACAUGGACAACGGCCAAGCUGGUGCAAAGCAGAGACGGAAUUCUUCUGGAAGGUCCGAUUUGUAACAGCUCCCAAGUGUUAGGGUGGCACGUUGAUGACAAGAAGAAACGAUCUCAGAGAUUCCACGCUGAGAUGUCAGGUUUUGCCUUUAAUAGCACCGUCAUCUGGGAUACAAAGAGAUGGCACCGGCCUACAAAUGAACCUAUCAGGCAGAUUGAGACAGUGAAGCAAGACUUGCAAGCAACCACGUUCAUCGAACAGCUCGUGGAGGAUGAGAGCCAAAUGGAGUGCUUCUCUACGGAGACUUCGGGAAUCAUGGUUUGGCAUCACACAUAUACAUACCCUCAUAACUGGUUUACUAGUAUUUCGAGUGCCAUCACUCCACUUGACUGAUGCUUUGCAAUUUUGGUUCAAUUCUGGAACUGAGGUGUAGACGAUGCUUGUUGCCAUCUGCAGUCUCAGGUAAACGAGCUUGUGCAACGAAUCCUUGUCGGAUUCAUGGAGAUUGGACAUCCAGCAGAUUCAUUUGAGCGUCUUUCCCCAGUCUCAGGUCCGAGGUGGGAUAUUAUUCAUGUACAGCUUCUGAUUUUAUAUGAUUACUAGCCAUCCAUGAGAGGGAAACAUGCUGUCAUGAAAGCUAGAGUAAUUGGAGUUUUGCAUAUUUUUUCCAAUAUUAGCCAUUUAUAACUUUUUUUCCCUUCUUUCCUCUAAAUUUUCAUGGUGCAAUUGUGUGUUGAUCUUUGUGAAAGAAAAAGUGCUUUCCUCUCUCUCUAUCUCUAGUUAGGCCUUUUCUUAGGAGAAGACUGCAUUCUCUCUAGUUAGGAGACAUGGUGGGAAGGGAAUAAGUGGAACUCACUUCAUUCUUUCCCACUCCACCAAGAAAAAUCACCAUGGUUUUUACUUUUUUCAUUUUUAUUGACAUUCUCUGCAAGAAAGCUCAAGAAAUUUAUUUGUCGAUGAUUCCCGGUAUCGAUCUGAUCUUGGUUGCCCUACUUCAUAGUUCUUUCAUAUCGUUUGUUGUAGCUCUUGCUAUGUGUGUUGCCUUUAUAUGUCUCUUCCUCGCGUUUUGUGUUGUCCUGCUUCUUAUUGUGCUUGUAGAUCUCCGUGAUAUCUUUUCGUUCGUGUCGUGCUAUCUUGUCGUCGUUAGAUCUCACAUGGAGUUGGCUUUCGUGCUCUCUCUGGUGGUCUUGAUAAGAUUCACUGUCGGUACAUCAUUAGCUUUGAGAUCAAUUGUGCCAAUGAAAAUGAAAAUGCUAACGGUGAAAAUGUAGUAGCAUCCUUUUCAUGGGGAUUAUUUGCUGCUAUGUAACUAUGAUUGCUUUAUUUAAUUCUGUGUUCAAUUUA